AUGAAAUAAAAAUUUUAUUGAGAAAAGCGAACCAACAAAAAACGAAAACAUAAACCCUUGGGAGAGGGGCCGGGCCUCAUUACAAACUCAACAAGAGGAAAAAGAGUACCCGUCGAAGAAGCGGGAAGGAGAAGGUGAGUGUAAAGUUAGCUUAACUUGACGAGAAUAGCGACAAAAAGAAGGAGGUGAUAGUUUUGCCUAUUGGCUGGGAUCUUUUUACAAGCAUGUGGAGUGCGCGGCUGUUUCUGCUUUGUCUCUUUUCGCAUCUCUUGUGAUUUCUGGAGAGGCAGCAGGGAUUGGUUUCUUGAUAAGAACAAAUGGUGUGCGUUUCGUUUGAGGGUUAUUUUUAGGCGGACUGUUUGGGUCAUUCUCACAAACAGUUGGGCUGCGGGGCGUGACCUGCGGUGGCGGCUGUGGAUUUUCAGAAUCCGGCUUCGGCGGUGUUGGGCGUUCAGCUUUUUAGGUUCCCGGCGGGUUUGGUCGUUGAUUUGCUACCGGAGUUUUAACUCCUUGCUCGAUCUCUGCAGCCUUUGUUGUGGAUUGGCUGGGCGUUCUGAAUCUGAUCCAUGGUGAGUCGAAGGCUGGCUGGAUCAUGAGAGGCGAAGCUAGUCCGUGUUUGGGAGCCGGGACUAUUCAGGGGCGAUGGUUCGGUCGUAGCUUCUGAAAUAGUCUCAACUCAGCUCACCAAACAUUUGCUUCGGUUAGACGAGUAUUUUCGCGGGUAAACGGGAUUUACGAGCAUGGAUAGUAAGUAUUUAAACCCAUACCCGUGAACUAAAUGGAUAGUGAAUUUUAAGCACGAAGCUACCAUGCAUAUCACAUAGUACUACUAAAACACACACCUAUUAGAGUCGAAUACUCGCGGAUAUCCGUUUCGCGAUGAUAAAUUGCCAUCCCUACUUCAUAUUCUCAUAGGCUCACACCUCUGUAAAUCAUAAAUUUCGAAUAUCAAUUAAAUCUUGGCAAUAUUUUACUAUAAUUUAUCAUCUAUAAUCUAUAAUAUAUUAAAAAGCCAACUUCUAAUUUAAAAUUAAUUUUAAAUCAAUUUGAAAAAUGAGUGACAAUGUUGUAAUAAUAAUAAAAUUGAAGGUUUAUUUAUAAACUAUAUAUAUAUAUAUAUAUAUAUGUAUGUAUGUAUUUCAUUUUCUUUAACUUCUUAAUUUUUGUUUUAUUUCUUUCCAAAAUUGGGAAAUUCAAUUAGUUAUAAAAUAUUUAAUAUACAUAUCAAAUUAAAGAUCACGAUAACAACUUUAAUUUGAUGUGUUUUAUGUAAAUAUUUGAUUUAUGAUGUAAAAAUUAUAUUUGAUUAAAUAUUAAACUUUUUAAAAAUUCUCUCUUCUCUCUCAUCUGUUUUGAAUAAAUCUAUUUUUUAAUUCUUUUUUAUUUUUUAACUUUUUAUUUUUCACUCUUCAUAAUAUCAAUUUUUUUGAGAAAAUAAUACUAUCAAAUUGUAUAAUUGUGAAUUCUUCUUUUUUUUUUUUCAAUAUUCAAUUCAAAUAUAUCAAUUAAAAUUAUUUUUUUAUUAUGUUUAUAAGUAUGAUAAUUGAAUUACUAUUAAUUUUAUAUAAAUAUAAAAAUUUAAAGAACUAGUAUAAUAUAUAUGUUAAAAUCAAUUUAAUACAUUUGGGUACAAAUAAAAAAAUUAACCCUUUGUAUAUAGGUGGAAAUUAUCAAAUCCCUAAUUCUAUUGGAUUAGAAGACUGAUUUUGUGCGGUAGGGUUUUCACCUCCAUCAGCAAACAAUGUCGGACUAUUUUCCGGCGGAUCUCUGGAUCGAAAUCCUCAUCAAAUUGCCGGUCAAAUCCCUAAUUCGCUUCACCGCCGUCUCCAAAUCGUGGAGAUCCCUCAUCACAAGCCCCAAUUUCAACUCCGUACACCUCUCCAAUGCCAAAAAUCGCGCCCUCCUCCGCCGCUACGACAAGCACGACAAGCACGAGCACUAUCAUCUGCUCGAAUUCGCCGCUAAAAACGGAGCCUUCGGCAUCAAUUCCUGCUCGGAGUUCGAAUUCCCGUUGAAAUCCCAAAUUGGGUAUUUCAGGAUCGUGGGCUCCUGCGACGGGCUCGUCUGCUUAACCGACGAUUUCUUCCUGUAUCCUUCGCAGCCCGUCAUUCUAUGGAACCCUUCCGUUAGAAAUCGCGUGAUCUUGCCGCAGGCAAUCACCAAUCCGAAGGGGCCCCACAUCGUCGUGCUAGGGUUCGGAGUCGCCAACGGUGUGUAUAAGGUCGUGCGCCUCGUCUACUGCCGGAAGCCCGACGACUACGGCUUUGGCGUCCCGCCGCAGGCCGAGAUAUUCUCGCUCGGGGCGGGGAGGUGGAGAAAGGUAUGGGGAUUCGAUAUCAAGCUUAGAAUUCUCGAAUUCAUGUGGUGUCAAGUUUUAUUGAAUGGUGUUGUGCAUUGGCUUGGGUAUGAACCGAUUGAUGAUGAUCAUAGCUCCCGUAGUUCGAUUUUAGCGUUUGAGAUUGAUAACGAGGUGUUUGGCGAGGUAAUGCUGCCGGAUUUGUUGGCAAAGGAAGCUGUGAAUAGCUUGUGCCUCUUUGCCAGCGAGGGAUCGCUUGCUUUGGUGAAAUAUAGCAGCGCCUCUGAGAUUGAGGCGUGUGAUGUUUGGAUUAUGAAGGAGUAUGGUGUGAAAAAGUCUUGGAUGAAGCUGUAUAGGAUUGAUUUAGCCGGAGGGUUCGAGAGGGUCGUUGGUUUUAGGAAUGGUGAAGCUCUGCUGGCUAUUCAGGGGCUGGAUUUAGUUGCGUAUAAUCUAGAGAGCAGGCGAACUCAGAAUCUUGGUAUAUAUGGAACUCCGAGGUCUUUCUAUAUUGAUAAAUACGUCGAGAGCCUUCUCUUGCUCAAAGGGAAGACUGAAUCUGCUGAGGAGGAUUUGGAUAGGGAUGCAUUAGAGGGGUUGAGUUUGGAAUGAUGUUAUUGUUUCUAGGUGGGCAAAAACGGCCGGUGGUAUGGAUUUAGCUGGAAUCGACAGGCAAGGCCUCCAAGUUUGUUCUGUGUUAACUCAAUCUGAAUAGUUGGAUUUGGUUUGAUCUUGAGAUUUCAAAAGUAAAUUUUAAAAAAGUUGGUUUUUUUUCUGAAUUAGGCAUAUUUAACUUUUGUGUUUAUAUACUGCUCUGUUUCAUUUGAUAUGAUGAUAAAUUUGACAGUAAA